AUGGACCCUGAGAAGAAUGUUGAUCCAGGGAAUGAUGAAACUUUCAGGGAGGACUGCAUCCCUGUUUUCUUCGUUGCUGCAGUCUACAGUGGUUUCUUUUUACUAACUUUCUUAGGAGUUUCCAACAGUCGUCCUCAAAUCCAGGUGAACUCACUCUCCGUCAAUAACUUUUCAGUUUCCGUUUCAGAGUCUAAGUUAUCUGGUGACUGGAAUAUCAUUUUGUCCAUUAAAAACCCUUACAAAGAUUACAUAAUCUCGUAUUCGAGUUUUGAAGUUCAUGUCUCCUACAGAAAAGAAUUUAUAUCAGGUGGGAUGAUCAUCAGUUGUUUUGAGCAAGCGGCGGGUGAGGAGAAUUUGUUGGCCGCAGGAUUCAAUCACUCAUCGGCAACAAUUUCCAGGCCGUCUGCUCAUGAAGUUGAAGAGGAAUUGGUUGGAAGCGGAGCCGUAGAGUUUGAUGUGACGAUACAUGGAAAAAUAAAAACAUUUGCAGACGAAAGGUCGAGAUCUAGAGCCAUGCAUUAUAAGAUAUCAGGUUCAUGUGAGAACUUGAAGGUGGGAUUUGACACCAGUCAUACUGUUGGAACAAUGCUGAAAAGGCAAACCCCUUCGUUUUGCAAAGUGCGAAGCCGUAGCUGA